UCUAGUUCAGGACCAAUCACAUAGCAAGUAUAUCACAUUUUCUCUAUAAAUGAUUGGGCUUGGCUAAAUCUACAUGUGUCUUAAUUCCGUACACCCUAUUCAACAACUCUCUAUAUAACUCAUUAGCUGAGAACUGCUCAAUUAACUUCACUCAAAAUGGGCAGCUUGAGCAAUCAACAGAGCCAACACGAUGAUCAUACUAGUAUGGAACAAGUUGCUGUGAUCAUGGUUCCACUUGCAGCUCAAGGCCAUCUCAAUCAGAUGAUGCAGCUCUCAUGCCUGAUAUCUUCAUACGGGUUGCCUGUUUUCUACAUCAGCUCUGCCAUCCACAUCCGUCAAGCCAGAGUUCGUGUGAACGGCUUGAACCCUCUAGACGUGGCUAAAAUCCACUUCCACGAAAUCCCUGUUCCGCCUUUCGCCUCUCCUCCACCGGACCCCAACUCCUCAAGCAAGUUCCCUGAACAGCUGCAGCCAGCAUGGAAUGCCUCAUUGAGCCUACGACAACCAUUUGCUGCAUAUCUACAGGAAAUGUCUGAGAAGUUUAAAAGAGUCGUCGUUGUUCACGACUUCCUGAUGGCUGCAGUGGUUCAGGAUGUCAUCUCAAUCCAUAAUGCAGAGUCCUAUGCAUUCAACUGCAUUCCCGCAUUUUCUCAAGCAUUUUUCAUUGGGGAAGGCGUACUCGACUCGUCAGCAGAGCGCCUGAAAGAGUUGCAUUCUUUGCAAGGAUGUAUACCAGAAAAGAUGUUGGAAUUUGUUGCUAUACACGCAGAGCCAUUGAGGUACAGAGCUGGAGAUUUAUUCAAUACCUGCAGAUUGAUAGAAGCCCCUUAUCUGGAUUUACUGGAAAAAGAAGAGAGUGGUGGGAACAGGAAGACCUGGGCAAUAGGGCCGAUUGUUCCUACCAAGUUAUCUUCCGCUGCCAAACCUGCAAACAAAUGCUUAGAAUGGCUUGAUCAACAGGAGCCAAAAUCUGUCAUCUAUGUAAGUUUUGGAACGACAGUUUCGCUAUCAGAUGAACAGAUAAAAGAGCUGGCUUUGGGGCUAGAGCAGAGCAAAGUGAAGUUCCUUUGGGUACUGAGAGAUGCCGAUAAAGGCGACAUCUUUGACGGGCAAGUCAGAAGGGCUGAACUGCCAGAAGGGUUUGAAGAAAGGGUGAAGGAAGUGGGAAAAGUGGUGAGAGAUUGGGCGCCACAGCCGGAGAUCUUGGCCCAUAAAUCAACAGGUGGAUUUAUGAGCCACUGUGGGUGGAAUUCAUGCAUAGAGAGCAUUACUAUGGGAGUGCCUAUAGCAGCCUGGCCGAUGCAUUCAGACCAACCAAGAAACACAUUGUUCGUAACACAAGUACUGAAAAUGGGGAUUGUUGUUAUGGAAUGGGAACAGAGGACGGAACUUGUGAAAGCGUCGGCUAUUGAGAAUGCAGUAAGAAGGUUAAUGGCGUCGGAAGAAGGAAAUGAGGUACGGAAGAGGGCAGAGGACUUGGCUGCCACCCUGCGACAGGCGAUUGAGCCUGGCGGUGCUUCUCGACUGGAGUUGGAUUCCUUUGUUGCCCAUAUAAUAAGAUAGAAUAACCUGCUGGGAAACUUAUUAUUAUGCCUCUUUUUUUUGGUUUUCAUUAUCUUCAAGUGAGUUCUUGUUUUUGUAUUAUAUAUUGUGUAAGAAAUAAAAACAUGUUUGCAUUAGUACUCUUUUUA